AUGGAAAAACUUUCUUGGCGUUGUAUGCGUAUAGUUAAGUGGAAAAAAAAUAUAAUAAAAAGAGAAUUUAGUAAAUCUUUUAACAUAAAAAAAAACUAUAAUAAUAAUGUAAACCCUUUAGUAAAUGAAAAUAUAAGACAAUUUUCGAGCACACAUGUACAUAGUGAUAUAGAUCCGAAUAGUAGGCAAGUUAUUGAAAAGUAUAAAGAUUUUAUAAAAGAGAAAAAUAUCGAGAGAAAAGAAAAACCACAAAAAAAAGAAAAUAAUUUUCCUCAAAAUGUAGUUAAUAAAUAUAAAAAUGUUAGUAACGAAGGAAACAAUUCAAUAUAUUCCCCAGACCAAUCAAUUAAAAAUGAUAAAAAUUAUGACAAAACAAAUGAUGUAAAUAAAAUAAAAGAUGAUAAUAAUUCUGUAGUUCCAAAUAAAGAUGAAAAGUAUAUAAUAUUAAAAAAACAAAUUACAAAAGAAUUUAUCCAUAAAGUAUUUUUACCACAUGUUGAGUCACAAAUAAUUUAUCAUAUAAAAACUUAUACACCUGAUCAAAUUGUUAAUAUAUUUCAAAUUUAUUCUUAUUUAUAUUAUUUCGAUAAAAAAAAAGAAAUGGUAGAUCAAUUGCUAGAAUAUUUAAAAUACCGUUUAGAUUGUUUUAGUGUAAAUAAUAUAGUACUAGUAUUGGAACCACUAUAUAUAUUGAACAAAACUAAUAAUAUAUAUAUAUAUAGAUUAAUUAUAAAUUAUAUUAAUAAAAUAUCAGAUAAAUUUAAUUUAUAUAAUUAUAUUGGUAUUUCUAGAGUCUUUACAAAAAUUUUAAUUGACUUAUAUACUCAAGAACAUAAUACAAGUAAUACAAAAAUUGUUUUAGAAAAUCUAUUAAAAUAUAUAAAGCAAUCAAAAUAUAGAAAAGAAUUACCUUUAGACCAAAACAAUAUAUCACAUAAAGAUUUUAUUAUUCAAUUUAUGGAUCAAGUAAUUGAUCGAAUUAAUAGUCAGUUACAUUUGUUAUCAGCUAUCGAGCUAACUGAUAUGCUAACCGUUAUAUCAAAUUAUUCUUUCAAAAAUGACUAUUCAAAAUAUUAUAUUCCAAAAGAAUUCAAUAAAAAUAAUUUGGGAUCAACAGAAACUCAUAAUGACAAUGAAAAUUCUUUGACAAUGCCUAUUGAGACUCACACCUUAACACAAAACAAUGCAUACCUUUUUAAAGAAAAUGUUAUGUAUUUUAUAAUUAUAAAAGAAAUGAUAAAAAAAUAUAAUGAAUUAACUACAUUACAUAAAAUAACAAAUUUAUAUAGUUUAUCAAAAUUGUGUAUAUAUGAUGAUGAAUUUAUUCAUUUAAUUGAAAAAGACAUAAAUAAUUAUCAUUAUAUAAAUAAUAUUCAUCAUAAAUAUUUAGCAUUAUUAGUUUGGUGUUUGUUUAAAUUUAAAAUUUUAAAUAAACAUAUAGACAAAUUAAAGCCGAUCAUUCAACAAAACAUUUUUAAUUUUAAUGCAAAAGGACUUUCAAGAUUAUGUCAUUCUAUUUCAUUCGAAAAAGAAAUAUUGUACAAAAUAGCUAACAAUCUAAUUAAUAAUAUACCAAAUAUGACUAUUAACGAAUUUUUAUGUUAUUUUUACUCAGUAGUUUAUCUUGACUUAUUGCCAUUUUAUGAUUUUCCUAAUGAAAAAAAUUCUGAACAGGACAUAAAAAAAAAAACUCAUAGUAAUGUGUACCAAUCACAAAUAAAUCCAGAUCGAAAAUUUGAUGACAAAAAUAAACCUGGAACUAAUAAUAUCCCCAAUGAACUACAACUUUUGAACAGAAGUGAUAUAUUACAAAAGUGUGUUGAUUUCAUUAAUGAUAAUAAAAAAGAUUUAGGGAAAGAUGAAAUGACAAAAAUUGUUUUGCUUUUAAAGAAAAAAGACCAAGGAAAAUAUAUCUACGUAUUAGAUAUGUUGCCGGAAGAAUGGAAAGGUAUUCUUCAUUUGAUAAACUAG